GGCGCGGCGGGAGCGGGCGGCCGUGGCCAUGAGGCGGCGGAGCGCGUGUGCAGCGCCAAGUGCCCUGUCUGUUCGUCACCGAGGUAGAAGAAGGAGCCGUCGGCAAGAGGGAGCGCCAGCCAUUUAAAGUUUUGGCAACUGAAACUAUAUCUGGAAAGGCAUUAGCAGCAGAUAUACACAAUGCAAUUCCUACGGAAAAGGUGGAUGGAACCUGCUGUUACGUAACUACCUAUAAAGGGCAACCCUAUCUAUGGGCCAGACUGGAUCGAAGACCCAGCAAACAAGGCGAAAAAAAGUUUAGACAAUUCUUGCAUUCAUUGAAAGAUUGCAAAGAAUUUGCAUGGAAUAUUGAAGAGGAUUUCAAGCCUGUUCCAGAUACCUGGAUUCCAGCAAAGGACUUAGAGUUCUCUAAUGGCAAUCCAUUGCCCGAUGAAAAUGGACAUAUGCCAGGUUGGGUGCCUGUGGAGAAAAAUAGUAAGCAGUAUUGCUGGCACUCAUCUGUUAUAAAUUAUGAGGCUGAAAUAGCACUGGUAUUGAAGCGCCAUGCUGACCCAGGGCUUCUGGAAAUCAGUCCAGUGCCGUUAUCAGAACUUCUAGAACAAACAUUGGAGCUUAUUGGGACUAAUAUUAAUGCAAAUCCAUAUGGACUAGGAAGCAAGAAGCACCCUGUACAUCUUCUGGUACCACAUGGAGCAUUUGAAAUAAAGAAUCCACCUACUUUGAAGCAAAAUGACAUACUGUCUUGGUUGGAAAGCUGCAGUGAGGGUAAAGUUGAAGGAAUUGUGUGGCACUGCCAUGAUGGGUGUUUAAUCAAGCUCCAUCGCCAUCAUCUUGAUUUACCCUGGCCGCUUGCAGAGACAUACCUGAAUUCUCAGCCUGUUGUAAUUUCUUUUAAUAGAACUAAAUAUGAAUGUGACUUUGAACCAAAGAGUUUGUUUCACCAUUUCUCAAACUUGGAUGGUCAAAGAUUUGACAGACUCAAAGAUAUCAAGUUUGAUGCUUAAAAUGAUUUUCUGCUUCUAAGUUAA